CAAAUCAACCAAACAAUGCCUCUGACCAGGUUGUAAACAAUGCUGAAUAAAUAAAGCAACAAAACCUACCAAAGUCAAAUAAGGGAAAACCCAAAUACCUCGACUUUUGACUGCCAUUUCUAGGUUUGCUUUGCACAGCGAUUCCAAGAACCCUUUCACCAACAAUAUCGAAACUACAAACUCCCUACAGCCUUCAUCAGUCCCUUCUUCAUAUUUAUACUACAAGUUCUCUUUCCCUAUAUAUAUAUAUAUAUAUAUAUCUAAAUUUUGUAUUAGGGGUUAGUCAGCAGCAAAUUCACUUCACAUACCCUUUAUUUUUUUUGUAUUUUCUUGGAAGAUUGGGUCUGGUGUAGAUCGGUUGUGGAAUUGAAGCUUUUGGAAGAAGAGGUAGAUGUUGAGUUGGUAGAGGAAGAAGCUGACUUGGGGCUUAAAUUUAUGGAUAAAUUCUGCUGCUUCGGCUCUCAGCUUCCAGGGGGACGGUCUUCACAUGGCUCUGGCAAAGGAAGAAGCCAUCAGGGGCCUAUCAAGUAUGGUUUUAGUUUAGUGAAAGGGAAAGCAAAUCACCCCAUGGAGGAUUAUCAUGUUGCUAAAUUUGUUCAGCACCAAGGACGUGAGCUUGGACUUUUUGCUAUUUUUGAUGGGCAUCUGGGAGAUAGUGUACCUGCAUAUCUACAAAAACAUUUGUUUCACAAUAUUCUGAAGGAGGAGGAGUUCUGGACUGAUACCACUAGGUCCAUUUCUAAAGCCUAUGAAAGAACAGAUCAAGCAAUUCUUUCACACAAUCCCGACUUGGGAAGGGGUGGCUCUACUGCGGUCACUGCAAUCCUUAUGAACGGUCGAAAGCUUUGGGUGGCCAAUGUUGGAGAUUCACGAGCAGUUCUUUCAAGGGGAGGACAAGCAAUACAGAUGAGUAUUGAUCAUGAGCCCAACACCGAGCGGGACAGCAUUGAAGACAAAGGUGGCUUUGUGUCAAAUAUGCCAGGUGAUGUUGCAAGAGUGAAUGGCCAACUGGCUGUUUCUCGUGCUUUUGGUGACAAGAACCUGAAAUCACACUUGCGCUCUGAUCCUGAUGUAAGAGCUGAUGAUAUUGAUGCGGAUACGGAUCUUCUCAUCCUUGCGAGCGACGGUUUAUGGAAGGUCAUGUCUAAUCAAGAGGCAGUAGACAUCGCAAAGAAGAUUAAGAACCCGCUGAGAGCAGCCAAGCAAUUAGCAGCUGAAGCAUUGAAUAGGGAGAGUAAAGAUGACAUCUCUUGCGUCGUUGUUCGCUUCAAGGUGUAGAAACAAGAGUUAAUCCCAGCAUGCAGGAUUUGUAUAUUAGGGAGGUUUCUGGUGCAUGGGAUGCAUUUCUAUACACCAACGCAAGUUUUUAUAAUCUCGUGGACUCCAACAUUAGCUUGGAAGUUACUCUGGGGCAGGUUAUAUAUCCCUUCCCAUCCUGUAACGUUUGUUUUGCUUCACUCAGGUUGUUCGGUUUGUUAUUUGCUUGAUUUCUACUGUGUAGAUUUAUACCAUUAGUCUCUCUGUAAUUUGCAUGGUGACUUCAAAACUGCACUCUUGGCAAACUUACUUUGGUGGUACAGUACAAAAUCUUCGUUUGGCUUCUCAGCUGGUUGAUCGAACAUGCUUUGAGCUUCUGUGGUUAAGGCAUUGAGUCAUGAAGAACCCAUCCAUAAUCUAUGUGGAGUUUUGAGUUAUUAGGUUGCAUUUUCUUUCCCAAUGUAAAACUCUAAUUCUUGAAUCCGUCAAAAUUUUAUUUUAUUUUAUUUUUGUCGA